AUGGUCACAGUCAAGAAAGCGACUCGUCCAUCACUGACGGUGGUGGACAACCGUACUGGUCAGACAUAUGAAGUGCCCAUCAAGAACAACUCGAUUUUGGCCACGGAUUUCAAGAAGAUCAAGGCGCAACCGGGCGGCGACAGGCCAGAAGAUGAGACGGAGCAGGGCCUGCGCGUGUACGACCCAGCGUACAUGAACACGGCCGUCGUGCAGAGCAAGAUCACCUACAUCAACGGGCAAGAAGGCAUCCUCAGGUACCGCGGAUACCCAAUUCAGCAGCUGGUGGACAAGAGCGACUUUCUUGAAACGGCCUUUUUACUCAUGUACGGCGAACUGCCUACGAAGCCGCAGUACCAGCAGUGGUCCGAGGAGGUCAUGCAUCACACCUACGUCCACACCGACAUUGAGAACAUGUUCAAGAGCUUCCGCUACGACUCGCACCCAAUGUCCAUGUUGACAUCUGCCUUUGCCACGCUGGGCGCUUUUGCCCCAGAGGCCAACCCUUCCCUGGCCGGCCAGAAGCUCUACACGGCCGCCGCCUCGGGAAACCUUCAGGCCCUCGAGGUGCUGGACAAGCAAAUCUUGAGGAUCAUCGGCAAGGCCCCUACCCUGGCUGCUGCCUCGUAUCGGAUGCGACAGGGACGGCCCUUCAACCGCCCUGCCCAGGGCCUUUCUUACACAGGAAACUUCCUGUACCUCCUCGACAACCUCUCAGGCUACGAGUACAGGCCUCAUCCCGUGCUCGAGAGGGCUCUCGACGCGCUGUUCAUCAUUCACGCCGACCACGAGGUCAACUGCUCGACGGCGACCGUCCUGCAGGUCGGCAGUUCCCUCGUUGACCCAUACUCCGUCGUCGCCGCCGCCUGUGCCGCCCUAUACGGCCCCUCGCAUGGCGGCGCCUCUGAGAGCGCCAUCCGCAUGCUGAUCGAGAUCGGCUCGCCCGAGAACGUGCCCGCCUUCAUGGAGAAAGUCGAGAAGAGGGAGCGUGUGCUCGUCGGCUUCGGCCACCGCGUCUACAAGAACGUCGACCCGCGCUCCACCGCCAUCCGGAAGCUGGCUGAGGAGGUCUUCAAGGUCACAGGGCGGAACCAGCUCCUCGACACCGCGCUGGCCCUGGCCGACUAUGCCCGCAAGAGCGAGUUCAUGCGCAGCCGGAACCUCUACCCCAACGUCGACUUCUAUUCCGGCCUGAUCUACCAGGCUAUGGGCUUCCCACUCGACUUCUACCCUGUCCUCUUUGCCGUGCCGAGGUGUGUCGGGUGGCUAGCCCACUGGAGGCAGCAGAUGCUGCAACCCGGUGGCGUCAAGAUCUGGCGGCCUAGACAGGUUUACGUGGGCGAGGGCGAGAGGGACUAUGUGGAGGCUGACAAUCGGUCUGAGAAAGCUGGCGCCACUGUGUUUGAUGCUCCUGUCAAGGUUGAGCAUGGAGGUGACAACAAGAGGAACAUGUUGGCUUCUUACAAAGAUGAGACAGGUCGAGUGUGGAACAAGAGCAAGUUGUGAUCCCCCACACAAUCUCGGAUCACCAGAAAAUCAUCUGAGAAGGAACCUGAGCACAAUUGGGGAAAGGGUCUGGAGUCAUGGUAUGUAUAGUAUUGUUAUACUUCUUUCGUAGGGAUAGCGGCAUUGUCAUCACCACUUAAUUUCUUGUUGUCGUCAGCCCACCUUCAUCUUGGUACAUGAUUAUACAUCCUUUUGGAUCUCUGGUUCUAGUGUAUAAUACGAUCCUAAGUAUUAAAAAUAUCUAUCCUAUGUUCCAUAUC